UGUUUCUUUUUUUUUUUGCGGGAAACCGAGGUGAAACGCUACGUCACCGAACAACAGCACGAGACACACCGGUGCGCGAGACCUGCUGCAGUUUGUCAACGCGGAAGUUGAGUGAGAAAGCAAUGAAGAGGAGUCGGCUGCUGGCUGUGCUGGUGGGCGGAGUCUUCUGCGUUGCAGUGAUGUCACUGUACCGUAUGCUGGAGCUGAUGCAGGGGGCGGAGCUUCAACAACACCGGGUGACACCUGCUGGACGGGUGGACGACGAUUUGUCCCGCCUCCAGCAGAAGAUUGACAGGUUGGAGCGUCUCCUUAGGGACAACAACCGUCUGGUUGCUGCGCUGCGUGACUCUCUGCUCCGCCGCAAAGCAUCAUGGGAAACGGGAGGAGGGGCCAAUAUCAGCUUGGACUCCGCCCACAGCCGAGCCGAAGCGCUGCCUGGCUGCCGAUUGGCUGAAGAGAAGAAGGACGGAACAGACGGAGUGCAGCUGCUGGAUGUUUACGACCUCCUGCCUUUUGAUAAUGUCGACGGCGGCGCCUGGAAACAAGGUUUUGAGAUCCAUUACCAAGGCGACGAGUGGGACAAGCAGCCGCUGGAACUUUUCCUGGUUCCUCAUUCACACAACGACCCCGGCUGGCUGAAGACGUUUGACAGUUACUAUGACGACCAGACCAAACACAUCCUCAACAACAUGCUGAUCAAACUGACUGAAGACAGCAGGAGGAAGAUGAUUUGGGCCGAAAUCAGUUAUUUCUCCAAAUGGUGGAAUGACAUCGACGAGCAGAAGAGAGCGAUGGUCAAACGCCUGGUGGGGGCGGGACAGUUGGAGCUGGUGACGGGCGGCUGGGUGAUGGCGGACGAAGCGAACUCUCACUACUUCGCUCUGUUGGAUCAGCUGAUCGAGGGCCACCAGUGGCUCCAGCGACACCUGGGUGUGAAGCCGAGGAGCGGCUGGGCCGUGGAUCCAUUUGGCCACUCCCCCUCGAUGACCUACCUGCUGAAGGGGGCGGGGCUCAGCAACAUGGUCAUCCAACGCGUUCACUACGCCGUCAAGAAGCACUUCGCCCAACAACAGACCCUGGAGUUUCUAUGGCGACAGAGCUGGGACUCCUCCCCCCGCAGUGACAUCACGUGUCACAUGAUGCCAUUCUACAGUUAUGACGUACCGCACACGUGUGGUCCGAACCCGGCGGUCUGCUGUCAGUUUGAUUUCCACCGCCUGCCAGGAGGGCGGGUCUUCUGUCCAUGGAGGAUACCGCCGCAGCCAAUCACAGAGCAGAACGUCCAGGAGAGAGCUGUCCUCCUGUUGGAUCAGUACCGGCAGAAGUCUCGUCUGUUUCGAUCUCCGGUUCUUCUCGUCCCGCUUGGUGACGACUUUCGCUUCACGGAGUCGAGCGAGUGGGACGCUCAAUUCAGUAACUACCAGAAACUCUUCGACUACUUCGACCAGCACCCAGAGCUCCAUGUCAAGGCUCGUUUCGGGACUCUGUCCGAUUACUUUGAAGCUCUUCAUCGGCGCCUGAGCGCCGCAGGAGCGACUCUGCCGACACUCAGCGGUGACUUCUUCACAUACGCCGACCGUGACGAUCAUUACUGGAGCGGAUACUUCACCUCGAGACCAUUUUACAAACGCCUCGACAGAACGCUUGAGGCCACGCUCAGAGCGACAGAAAUCCUCUUCAGCUUGACGUUGGCUGAAAUGCGUCGUUUCCGGGGCGAUGGUCGUCUGGUCCCAGAUUUUCCAGCACACAAACACUUCCAGCAUUUAAUGGCGGGGAGGCGAAGCCUGGCAUUGUUCCAGCAUCAUGACGCUGUCACUGGCACUGCUCGUGACCCUGUCGUGGUCGACUAUGGCACCAGGUUGUUUCACUCGAUCCUGAACCUGCGCCAGGUGCUGCAGAGCUCCGCCCACUGGCUGCUCCUGCUGGACAAGAACCAGUACCACCACGACCAAUCAAAACCCUUCAUGCAAAUGGAUGAUAUCAUGUCAGCGCACGACGCUUUGCCUCACAAGACGCCCCUCACACUCAGUGAUGAACCCAGGUCAUUGAUCAUCUUUAACCCAACGGAGCAACUUCGUACGUCCGUCAUCAGCGUCGUCAUCGACUCUCCAGACGCUCGUGUUGUUGACGCAGAAACAGGUCGACCAAUGGCUGCACAGAUCUCCGCGGUGUGGGCGGAGCCGAGCUGGGCGUCCACAGAAUCCUUCCAGCUUGACUUCGUGGCCGAACUUCCUCCUCUGUCACUCGUCGUGUAUCAUGUGACCAAAGCCUCUUCUGGCUCCGCCCACCGGGUUCAGUACACCUUCCGUCGCCGUGGCAACCCACCGACCAUCCAGGCCGAACACUUCCAGGUGUCCCUCCCAGAAGGACCUGAGGCCGACGCCCCCCUGUCGCUCAGCAACAAACACGUCCAAACAUGGAGCUCCCCAGAAACCGGCCUGCUGCAGAACCUCCGUCUGCAGUCCGGUCUGCUCCGUCAGCUCCACGUCCAGUUUCUGUGGUACGGAACCAGAACCGGAGCCAACCGGGACAAGAGCGGAGCCUACCUGUUCCUGCCGGGGGAGGAGGGGGCCCAG